AUUCGGAUUACCCAUGCAGUUUAUUUUUCCCUCCGCGGGUGAAAUUUUAGGUAUUGUGCGAUCCGCAGUCCAAUGAUUGCCGCCGUAGUGCGAUUAUUAUUCUUAAAAUCGACUUGUAUGUUGUGUGAUGGCUGGUAUGAGUAGUACUUCCUCGUCCUCCGUAUCAUCGGGUGAUGAUGUAGGAAGUGAGGAAUUGAAGAUCCGUGAAGCGGUAGCUCCUGGGUUUGAGAAUGUUUUCGCCACGGUGUCCGCGUCCAUCAUGAAGAAACCUCGUAACGGAACUGUGCCGGUCGCAAUGGAAGUUUGUCGUCAUGGAUUGGAUCCUUCCGCGGAAUCUGCCUCAGUGAGUGUGAGAGAAAAAUGGGAGUUGAGCAGACAAGUUCCUGAGCCAGCUGACUUGAAAGUCACUAAGGGAUUUCAAAAUCACGUGGCCAUGAAACUUGGGACUAUUAUAGAUAGUUCAAUUAAGGAGGUGAACAAGAAUCUCUCAACGAUCCACCUGGGUGAACAUGGUCCCACUCCAUUGGCAACCGAAUUAGGUGGAAUCCGAAUUUUCUCGGAUUCUCAUAUAUACAGCUACGGAGAGUCUGAUGGAUCUGAGCUCACGAACGUAGAGUUGCUGAAGGAUAAAGACGACAGUGAAACUGAUCGGACGAAAGGCCUCACGGAAUCUGAAGUUCUCAGCGACAAGGACCUUACUGUCCGGAAACGCAAGAAGAGGAAGAAGCGUCGCCCUAACAAGGAAGUGGACUAUCAAAGCGAGAGUGCCUGUGAGCUUCCUGAUCCGACAGAUUUCGGUCCCGAUGGAGUCGUUGAUAACAACGUGGACUGCGAAAUGAAACCCGCCAAGAAGCGCAAACGCGUGAAAGAAACUGCCUGUUUUUAUCAGAAGAAAACCAAACGACGAAAGCUGGACACAGAUUCCGGUGGAGAUGGUGAUGUCAGCAGUGAUACUGAUUCUGAUUAUAUGCCCUGAAAGCAUUUUGAACGACUGUGACGCCAGGUGUCGUGUUCUGCUAGCUGGUCGACGCAAGUUCGAAUACUUUCUUAUUGAAAACUGUACUAUCCAUUUGUUGGAUUUGAAGAUUUCCUUAAGAUUAAUUUACGUGUUAGAAACUGUUUGUGAUCUUAUCUGCGGAGGCGAACAUCGCUACUUUCAUAAUUUUUUUCAGAUUUCCAUCGGCAAUCUUCGCUGAUGAGGAAUAUUGCCGCGUUAUCCCACGCUACCGAAAUUAUUCGGAAAGUCUUCAAACAGUGUUCCCCUUCGCGGAAGUCGUAUGAAUUCUUAUGAAAAACAAGAGAAGGGUUCACGACAUUUGCACCGUGCAGAAAGUUGCUGGAUCUGUCCCACGCUGCAUUCGUUGGUCGUAAAAUGAUUAUUGUCGCUGCUUUUCGCGAAUGUUUUCGAGUCCGUUGCGUUUCCAAGUGAAACAGUUGUAUAGAGUGAGUUCGUAAAUGUGAUGAGGCUUAAAAAUCCUCGUCAUCUUUUUUUUUUUUUAAUUAAAAUUUUGGAAAUGGAAAUUUAUCUUGGAAAUUGAAAAUCAUUUUGUGAAGUUUCACUUGGUGCAUCUGCUGAUUUUGUGUAGUUUGCAUACGUUUGUAACUUGGGGAUGAAAUGCUGAUUGACGAAAA